UACUAGUUGAUGUUCAACCCCCCUUUGCGAGAUACCGUAGCAAUUUGUAUUUUGUCUUUCUUCCUCUUCUUUCAUUCACUAUUACUUCGGUCGACAGGAUACUUUUAAUAAACGAGUGUGCGUAGACGCGUGUGAUGAUUCAAAACAUUGCGUGUGCUUCAUGAAGAAUGUUUGUGAAUAUCCAGCGAUUUUUCAAUGAUAAUCGAAAUCUUCAAAGAUGUUGAAACGAUCGAAGCUUAUUCUGGAUGGUGGACGUGCUGGAUCCUUAGCACGGAUCCGUCGUCUUGCAUGAUCUUCCAAGAAAGUGACAGGCAAAGUGGCUGGUGGAUUCCAAGACAUGUUGAACGUAAUGGCGGCUGUGACGACAAGUUUACCAGGUCAAAUAGAAUCAGAAAAUUCAGCAACGCCAAGUAGUACUGCUUCAUCAACAACAGGAAGUGAUAACAAUGUCAGCACUGCUGUACCAGCAGGCAAUCCAACUGUUGAGAAUCUUCCAGACAAUGUUAAUAUCUUCGUUGUGGUGAUGAAAGGUAUUGUGAUGGGUAGUAUCAUAACCACAGCGGUUCUAGGAAAUGCACUUGUGAUCGCUAGUGUCCGGAAACACAAGAGACUUCGGGUCGUGACAAAUUGCUACGUUGUGAGUCUAGCAGCUGCAGAUUUGUUAGUUGCCAUGUGUGCUAUGACCUUCAAUGCAUCAGUGGAGUUAUCUGGAGGCAGGUGGCUUUUCGGUAGAUUUAUGUGUGAUGUUUGGAAUUCUCUAGACGUUUACUUCUCAACUGCCUCAAUCCUUCAUCUCUGUUGUAUAAGCGUCGACAGAUAUUACGCUAUUGUCAGUCCGUUGGAGUAUACGGUCAUCAUGAAACAAAGCACCGUCGGAUGUCUUCUUGGUGGAGCUUGGAUUCUACCAGCACUUAUCAGCUUUAUGCCGAUAUUUAUGGGAUGGUACACCACCAAUGAACAUUUAGACAACAUGGCCAAAAAUCCAGAGCUUUGUGCAUUUGUAGUUAAUCGACCAUAUUCAAUAAUUAGUUCCUGUGUGUCUUUUUGGAUUCCUGGGAUAGUCAUGAUCAUCAUGUAUUGUCGGAUCUAUAAAGAGGCAGUACGACAAAGAAAAGCACUCAGUAGGACCUCCAGUAACAUUGUGCUCAAUAGUGUGCAUCACCAUCGGACAUCAACACGACAUCAUCGUCAUCAUCAGCAACUGUUGCUCCAGGCGGCUGCUGAUACUGGUGAGCUUGCUCUCCAUACAGCUCAGUUCAAAGCACCCACUGAACUUCACGCCAUAAACGGAGAGAAACAUGGCGGUUGAUUACAAAAUGACUGGUGAGGUAGGUAAAUGAAGACAAGAUGGAAAAAUAAAUUACCUGGGGUUCCAAGCGAGAGACUCACUGGCACAACAAC